GCUGUGUGAAUUCACGGAGUAGUACAGAACUUAUUGUGGCCGCGCGAUAUCGCGAGACUUGUGCCAUUAUCAACCUGCUUGACACACAGCAGCGCUGAGUGCAGCCUGCCUUGCCAGGGUCGGACUGAAGCUCAAGAAACGACAAGGAGAAGCGAACAUCUGGCCGCACAUCAUGAAAGGACAUCGGAGCUUUUAGGAGAGAACACGACGAACUGGGCGGAAAUAAAUGUUAUGAAGGAAGAAUGGAGUUCCCAGACCAUAGCCGCCAGUUGCUGCAGUGUCUGAGUCAGCAGCGUCACCAAGGUUUCCUCUGUGACUGCACUGUUCUUGUCGGGGAGGCUCGAUUCAAAGCGCACAGAGCCGUGCUGGCCUCCUGCAGCAUGUACUUCCAUCUCUUCUACAGGGACCAGCUGGACAAAAGGGACGUUGUGCAUCUCAACAGUGACAUUGUGACAGCCCCGGCUUUCAGUCUGCUCCUUGAAUUUAUGUAUGAGGGGAAGUUGGAAUUCAGCACUCUCCCCGUGGAGGAUGUCCUGGCAGCAGCCAGUUACCUACACAUGUAUGAUAUAGUGAAAGUGUGUAAAGGCAAGCUUAAAGAUAAGGAACUCUCCUCUCUGGAUGAAAAGAUGAGUGAGGGUUUGGGACUCAGCUGUCUGGACAGGGAAAAUUCCUCAGAUAGCGAGCUGCACAGUAAGCAGCUCAUCCGGCGACAGCCCCAGACGCAGUCUCAGGGGCUACACAGGGCCCCCCCGGCAGAAGAGUUUGACAUGGACAACAGCGAAGUAAGGCUGGCUGUCACAGAUUGUGAUAGGUCUGCACAGAGCAGGCAGAAGGCAAACGGUCACUCUGGCAGGUCCCCGGACCUUGUAGGUGUCAAUUAUGUGUCAGCAGAGGCCGAGCCCUGCGUCCAAACAGCUGGAAAAACAAAAGCUGAUGUCAGUAGUUCCACCGUAUCGCUGUCCCAGAGGUCCCGGGCUUCAGAUGACAUGGACUGUGCACUGGAUUUGUCUUUCAAGCCUCUGUCUAGCAGAGAUCCCUUACACCCCUCCUACGUCUCGGGACAGCUGGCCCUCGACAGCCAGCAGCAGGGCACUGAGCCACUUGUUAAAGACGAACACGACUUGCUGUCAGAGCAGGAGGACAGUGAGCCGAUGAGCCCUGAGAGCCAGCGCUUUGGGAAUAGUGCCAGGAGCUCAGUGGUGACAGGGUUCGCUGCCCUCUUCCCAGGCAACAACGGCUCCACAGCCGCCCUGCUCUCCCAGGAGGAGGACCUGAUGGACGAGGAGGGGGAGGCCUGCAGAGGAAGGGAGGGCGCCCCAGGCAGGGAGGUAGAGGAGAGGAGGGGUAGGUUGCUGGGGGACAGCGAGGAGGAGGAAGAGGACGACUUGGCCUCUUCAGAUAUCUCCACCUCCAGUGGGGUGCUCCUGCCCCCGGGGCAACAGGUGUGUGUGUGCCCCCUCUGCAGUAAAGUCUUCCCCAGCCCCCAUGUGCUGCAACUGCACCUCAGCUCACACUUCCGCGAGAAGGACGGCGCCCGCUCCAAGUUGUCCCCCGACGGCUCGGUCCCCACCUGCAUGCAGUGCAACAAGACCUUUUCCUGCAUGUACACUCUUAAGCGCCAUGAGCGCACACACUCUGGCGAGAAGCCAUACACCUGUGGCCAGUGUGGCAAGAGCUUCCAGUACUCCCAUAACUUGAGUCGGCACGCUGUAGUCCACACACGUGAGAAGCCUCACGCUUGUAAGUGGUGCGAACGGCGCUUCACUCAAUCCGGGGACCUCUACCGCCACAUCAGGAAGUUUCACUGUGGCCUUGUCAAGACUCUCGCCAUUGGAUAAAACACCUCUCAGCAGUGCCAUGACAUCAGACAGAAUGUCUUUUCAUACACUGAAUACUACUACUGAACAGUUUUCCCUUAAGUAUACACAUGUUGGCAGUUUGUUGGAGACAUAUCUCUUUGGAUUCGACCCCAUGUGGCAUUUCUCUAGUUAAAAGAUGUAGCAACUUUAAAACUGGAGCUGUCGUCUGUGCAGGAUUGUCAUAGGUAGUUCGGUGGUCAGAGGCAGGCAGUUGAAGGUGCACUGGCUGUUAGGAUAAACAUGGGUGCUGUGAAACUCGAGCUGGAUCUGUGUGGAAGAAGGUGAACAAAUCAGAUGAUGCACUUGUUUGUUUCUGUCUUAUUUGUGUCAAUCCGUUGAGUUUAUUAGAGGAGUAUAUUUGCUGAAAGCAUCCCACUUUCUUACCCUAUGGGUGAUAGCUAAUGCUAACAUAUGUUAAUACAAUCGUCAGAGUGUGUGAGACUUUAUUUGUGCAUGUGGGAGUUCAGAGCCGUCCGUGAGUAGCAAUAUAUGAUUUUUUUUUUUUUUUUAACUCCUACAUCAUUAUUAUUAUUUAUUUUUGGGGAUUAGUUGAGUCCUUAACAAGUAAAUUAUCAUAAGGCAGCAAAACUAAUGAAGUCUGACUACUGGAAGUGUAAUUAUUUUUUCAUGGAAGUAGAAUUUUUGUUUGGUGGAAAUGAAGUUGUUUGCAGUUUUAUGUUGUUUGUAACAAGAGGCAAGCAGACCAUUAUAUCACCAUAUUUCUUUUUGAGUCUUGCGGAGAGCUCUUUAGUUGCUAAUGUGAGUGAGCACAUGUUGAUGGAAUGGCCUUCUAAUUGCUACUUAAAAAGAAGUUGUAUAAUCAGAGGAGGGUUGGAGAGUAGUUAAAAGCUAAUGCCUGUAACACUGGUGCCUACUGAAAUUCUUAACACUUCACCUCGUAUACUUAACUUAGGCAAGAAUGAGAUAAAUUGCCAUGCCUUUUUGUCAAAUUCAGUGAGUUUUCAGGCCUUUUAAAAAAGAAAAUCUGGAUUACACUCCACAUACCAGGUGGUAACAAAGGUAAUUGUCUACUUGGGAAUGCCAAUUGUUUCAUAUGAGUGUCCUUACUUAAAUCAUUUAAAAGAAUGUAAUAAAAUAUGUUAAUCAAGCUUUUGUCAAUUAAAAGUUUAUUGACUUGUUUUUCGUUAUAAGCAAACAGUAAAUUACCUUGUUAUUUCCUGGUAUGGCGUAAAGGGUACACUGACACGGUGUUUAGGGCAAACCCUCAGCUGGCAGGCGGGCUGGCGGGCGG